CCGUGGUGACGCAUUCCGUACAAAUAGGAGGUGAGCGGGUUUUAUGGGGCUCUUUCGCGCGCUUCUACAGCGAGCAGUCGGCGAGUUAGUGUCCAGCAGCUCGCUGUGAUCCCGCGAACAGCUUCGACUUUACCUGGAGAGCUGCUCACACCCCCGUCCCUGAGACAGAGACGCCUGAGCCCGCCAACAUGCAUGUGAUCAAAAGAGAUGGACGCCAAGAGCGCGUCAUGUUCGACAAAAUCACAUCUCGCAUCCAGAAGCUUUGCUACGGACUCAACAUGGAGUUUGUGGACCCAGCCCAGAUCACGAUGAAGGUCAUCCAGGGUUUGUACAGCGGCGUCACCACUGUGGAGCUUGACACGCUGGCGGCGGAGAUCGCUGCCACUCUCACAACCAAGUACCCCGACUACGCCAUCCUUGCAGCACGCAUCGCCGUCUCUAACUUGCACAAAGAGACGAAGAAGGUGUUCAGCGACGUCAUGGAGGACCUGUACAACUACAUCAACCCCCUGAACAAACGCCACUCCUCCAUGAUUUCGAAAGACACACUUGACAUUGUUCUUGCAAACAAAGACCGCCUUAACUCGGCCAUAAUCUAUGACAGAGAUUUCUCCUACAACUUCUUUGGCUUCAAGACUCUGGAGCGCUCCUACCUGCUAAAGAUCAAUGGCAAAGUAGCUGAGCGUCCGCAGCACAUGCUCAUGAGGGUGGCUGUGGGAAUCCACGGGACGGAUAUCGAAGCAGUCAUCGAGACCUACAACCUGCUGUCAGAGAAGUGGUUCACCCACGCCUCCCCGACCCUCUUCAAUGCUGGAACCAACAGGCCGCAGCUGUCCAGCUGCUUCCUGCUCGCCAUGAAGGAUGACAGCAUCGAGGGGAUCUACGACACGCUGAAGCAUUGCGCCCUCAUCUCCAAAUCAGCUGGAGGGAUUGGCGUGGCAGUCAGCUGCAUUAGAUCCACGGGGAGCUACAUCGCCGGCACCAACGGCUGUUCCAACGGGCUCGUCCCAAUGUUGAGGGUUUACAACAACACAGCGCGUUAUGUUGAUCAGGGGGGCAACAAAAGACCCGGCGCCUUCGCCAUGUACCUGGAGCCCUGGCACUUCGAUGUGUUUGACUUCCUGGAGCUGAAGAAGAACACGGGAAAGGAGGAGCAGCGAGCCAGGGACCUGUUCUACGCCCUGUGGAUCCCUGACCUCUUCAUGAAGCGGGUGGAGAACAACGAAGACUGGUCCCUGAUGUGUCCGGCCGACUGCCCCGGGCUGGAUGAGUGCUGGGGGGAGGAGUUUGAAGAACUCUACACCAGAUAUGAGAAGGAGGGGAGGGUGAAGCGUGUGGUGAAGGCUCAGCAGCUAUGGUAUGCAAUCAUCGAGUCGCAGACAGAAACCGGGACGCCGUACAUGGUCUACAAAGAUGCCUGCAACAGGAAGAGCAACCAGCAGAAUCUGGGCACCAUCAAGUGCAGCAACCUCUGCACGGAAAUCGUCGAGUACACUAGCAAGGACGAGGUGGCGGUUUGCAAUCUGGCCUCUGUCGCUCUCAACAUGUACGUCACCCCUGAGCGGACUUAUGACUUUAAAAAAUUGGCAUCCGUGACCAAAGUAAUUGUCAGGAACUUGAACAAGGUUAUCGACAUCAACUACUACCCGGUGGAAGAAGCCAGGAGGUCGAACAUGCGCCACAGGCCGAUAGGAAUCGGGGUCCAGGGAUUGGCUGAUGCUUUCAUCCUUAUGCGUUAUCCCUUUGAAAGCCCCGAGGCUCAACUGCUCAACAUCCAGAUCUUUGAGACUAUGUAUUAUGCCGCUUUGGAAGCGAGCUGCGAGCUGGCCGCCGAGCUCGGCACCUAUGAGACGUACGAAGGCUCGCCGGUGAGUAAGGGCAUUCUCCAGUACGACAUGUGGGAGAAGACGCCAACGGACCUGUGGGACUGGAAGCUGCUGAAGGAGAAGAUCGCCAAACAUGGCGUGAGGAACAGCCUGCUGCUGUCCCCAAUGCCCACGGCCUCCACCGCCCAGAUCCUGGGCAACAACGAGUCCAUCGAGGCCUACACAAGCAACAUCUACACCCGCCGGGUGCUCUCGGGGGAGUUUCAGAUCGUCAACCCCCACCUGCUCAAAGACCUGACAGAGAGGGGCCUGUGGAAUGAGGAGAUGAAGAACCAGCUGAUCGCUAACAAUGGCUCCAUCCAGAACAUCAAUGAGAUCCCAGAUGAUCUGAAGCAGCUCUACAAAACCGUAUGGGAGAUCUCACAGAAAACUGUAGUCAAGAUGGCCGCCGACCGUGGGGCCUACAUUGACCAGAGCCAGUCCCUGAACAUCCACAUAGCAGAGCCGAACUACGGCAAGCUGACCAGCAUGCACUUCUACGGCUGGAAGCAGGGUCUGAAGACUGGGAUGUACUAUCUGAGGACCAAGCCUGCCGCCAACCCCAUCCAGUUCACCCUGAACAAGGAGAAGCUGAAGGAGGCACAGCCGGCCACGUCCUCGGAGCAGGAGAUCAAAGAGCGCAACACGGCGGCCAUGGUGUGCUCUCUGGAGAACAAGGACGAGUGCCUGAUGUGCGGCUCGUAAACGUUUCCUGCUGAAGCCCUGGAUCUUCUUCCUUGACUUAAAGCUUCUUCCACUACAGUUCAGAGUUAUAAAUCAGUAUUGUAUAAAGUAAACUUCCUGUCGACUCAAAGACAGAAAGCACUUACUGUAAAAUACAUUUGAGACUUUUUCUAACAACUUGUGUUGAUUGUGUAAAAUCUGUUUCAUUGACGCUUUGUCUGCUAUAAACAAAAUGGACUGAA